AAGUAGAAAGACUGGCUAAACUGGCCGGGAAACACAAUGUGCACUUGGUAAUGGGAGGCUGGGAGCGAUAGAGAAGGAUGAGUAUCCACUCUAUUGCACUGCCCUUUUCUUUAGUCCUGAAGGUCGCUUCAUGGGUAAGCACCGUAAAGUCAUGCCCACAUCUUUGGAACGUUGCAUCUUGGGUCAAGGGGACGGAUCAACCAUCCCUGUUUACGACACUCCCAUUGGCAAACUCGGUGCUGCUAUUUUCUGGGGAAAUAGGAUGCCUCUCUACAGAACUGCAUUGUACGCCAAAGCCCAAAGGGAUUGAGAUUUAUUGUGCACCUACUGCUGAUUAUUCGUUGGAAUGGCAAGCGUCGAUGAUUCACAUUGCGGUAGAAGGUGGAUGUUUCGUGUUGUCAGCGCACCAGUUCUGCAAGCGCGGAGAUUUCCCUGAACAUCCUGGUUACUUGUUUGAUGACGUUAUAGACGAGAAACAUCCUGAUCCUACUGUCUCUGGAGGCGGAAGUGUCAUUAUUUCACCUUUGGGACAAGUUCUCGCCGGACCAAACUAUGAAUCAGAGGGUCUCCUCACAACAGAUCUUGAUCUUGGUGAUAUAGCAAGAGCCAAAUUAUACUUCGAUGUGGUUGGACAUUAUGCAAAGCCAGAUGUGUUUAACCUGACCGUAAAUGAGCACCCAAAGAAACCGGUUACAUUCAUGACGAAGGUGGAGAAAUUAGAAGAUGACUCAAACAAAUAGUCAAUACUUA